AAUAACACCGGGUCAGGAUCGACAAGGUAGCCCACGACCCCUCGCCACCAAUAUCCAAACUCCGGUCCAGCUACUGGCCAAGAGGGCCUCAGAAGGCGUCGUCACACAUUCACAAUGGCGCCAACACCAACCCUACCCCUGAGCCUCACCCGUCUCAUCGCGCGGCAAGACCAGCCCACCACAACAGUCAUCGUCGCCGGCGGCGACUCGGGCUCGGGCUCGGGCUCGGGCUCGGGCCUCGACGGCGGCGCCAUCGCCGGCAUCGUGAUUGGAACCAUCGUCGGCAUCCUCCUGCUCUGGUGGGUCAUCAAGUCGUGCACCGGACCGCGCGAGCCCCGCGGGCCCGACGCCAACCGGCAAGGCUGGUACGACGACACGACCGAGCCCGCACCGCGCCGGCGCUCCCGCUCCCGCUCAACCCACCGUCAUCACCACCACAGCAGCCAUCGCCGCCACAGCAGACACCACAGCAGUAGCCGACGCAGGUCGACGUCUAGGCCCGUGGUGUAUGAGGAGAAGGUCGGAUAUGCCGUUCCCAGGGCGCCGCCAGCUACGUAUGCCUAUCCGCCUGCGGCGCAGGAGGUGCGGAGGUCGAGGAGUCGGAGUCAGGGGAGGUACUAUGUUAGUGGAUGAUUAAUGAGAUGAGCGGGGUUUGGAAGCGGCGUUGAGGGAUUGGGAAUGUCUGAUGAAACAUAUGAAGUUAUGUUAAUGAGAUAUGAUAUCAUGGAAUGGCUGGUUGGGGGUAGGAGGCUAGUGGCUUCAUGUCUGCUUCUACGGAUAUCCGGUUGUUUAUAAACUGGGAUGGGCAUUGCGACACGACGUAUGACGGUAUAAUUAGGCGUCAAGGAGCAGCACCAUAGGGUAAUCGGGGCCGACCGAUUCUGAAUACAUCUACGAUGUUGCUGCUAUUUCAUGAUUGGAUUUCGCCUUAA